GACAUUGUGAAGAGGUUUCAGUGCAUGUGGUGUAUUUGUACCAGAUAACUAGGACACGAUAGUGUAAACAUCUGCUUCACCCCAGUGGGCUGUUGGCCGCCUGUUGAGAGCAAUGACAGAUGGAAAGGGAGCGUGUGGCUCAAACACUUCCCUCUUUGAUUGUACUGGCAGUUGUCUUCCCAAAAUAGCCUCCACUCCACAGCCUUAUAUGUGCAGGCCUCCAGCAUGUGCCUGAGGAGGCAUCAUGUAUCUAGGCCACACAAUACAAGCUGCAGGCUCAUUGUUGCUGCCUACCAUCAGGCCUGUCUGCGCACCAGAGACAAGGCCUCUCUGUCAGUCUUGGGACGAGACACCAUGCAUCUCAGCCAGCUCAACCGCGAGUGUCUCCUGCACCUUUUCUCCUUCCUGGACAAGGACAGCCGAAGGAGUUUGUCUCUCACCUGCGAGCGGCUGCGGGACGUCUUCCUGGACCCCCGCCUCUGGAACCUGCUCCACUUCACCUCGCCCUCUCAACUGAGGAGGGACAACUUUGUGCUGGGACCCUCUCUGCGAUACCUGUCUGUCUGCUGGUACUCCAGCAGGGUCCUGAAGGUGUGCAACAUCGAGGACUGGUUGAAGAGCUCCUUCCAGAGAGACAUCUGCAGCAAACAUGAGGGACUGGUCAGCACCUUCCUUGCUCGUGUCUGCAGCAUGUGCCCUAACCUGCUGUCUUUAAAGCUGGCUGGCUGCGGUCACAUCACCGAUCAGGAUGUAAUCUCCCUGCUGCAGAGCUGCAGGAAGCUGCGCCACCUCCAACUAGAGAACUGCGUCCGCAUCACAGACCACAUCCUGGACGGGGUGGUGGCUCACGGCGCCAGUUUGGAGGAGGUCAGGGUGGACUUCUGCAGGAACAUCACACCAGAGGGGCUGAGGGCCGUGCAAGAGAAAAGGCCUAACGUCCGGCUGUGCGCCGAGAGGAGUGCAGGCAUGAUACCAGACAGCAAGCCUGAGGAGAAGGUGCCUCUCAGGAGAACUUUGCAGAAACUUCUGCUGUUCUCCUGAGAGCAGAACAGGAUUUGGGUGUUUUAGAAUUGGGUUUGUUUUCAUAGUGUGUUUUUGUACCUUAUUUUCCACACCGUAUGCACUCACAGACACCCCACUAAAUACAACUGCACAAUCAUCUAACGAGAUCCAAAACCAGAGCUGCAAGAGUGCAAGGCGAUGAACAUUCCCCUGCUCCACCAGUAAAGUUAUCAUGGAGGAGUGGAAGAGGAUCCUAUGCAGCUCUGGUGAAUUCCAUUACCAAAACCAUUAAGCCAGUGCUGGAUAACAAAGGUGCUCAUACCAUAUAAUAACAUAAUAAUAACACUUUGGACACAAUUUGGAGGUGUACUCACUUGUGUCGCCAACUAUGUAGACAAUAAUGGCUGUGUGUUGACUUAUUUUCAGUGGAUAACACACCUAUACCUCACUGCUAUACAAUCCGCACACUGACUACUUGAAAGUAUAUCCAAAUUUCUCUUCUACAGUAUUGUCCCUUGAGAAGAUGUAAUAAAAUGGAUGCUGAAAUGUGAGGGUUUUACUCACUUUUGUGAGCUACUGGAAACCGCUAAUAGGAUACCACUAUCAAUAAAAAGUGAGACUGGAUUGUUUUGAUACAGUUACGCUGCUAAUAUGUCCCAAUAAUUAAUUCCACAAACUCAUGAAAGGAAGUCUUAAGUGCACUAUUGUUCUUAAUUAUAGUCAAUCAGCAGUUUUAGUUACUACACCACUAUAGUCCUAAAAUAAAUGUUUCAGACAGAAAUAUUGCAUUUUGCAUGCAAAUAUUUGCAUUUGAUGAUGCC